AAAUAGGAGAAGACGCGGAAAGAGGAAGGUGCCUGUCGCGGAGGAGGAGGCGACUCGCUUCCUUUUCUCUCCCCGAAAGCCCCCCUUCUGGCUCCCAAGGGGAUCGGGGAGAGAGAGGGAAAGGUGAAGUGUCCGCGCGCGGCGGGAUCGUGGGCGGCCCCUCCUGGCGACGCCUCGCCCUUUGGGCUCACCUUUGGGCAGCAGAGGUCAAAGAGAUGAGGGCCGGGAAGGGACCGGCGAAGCCUUUGAGAUUUUAAAUACUUGUGAAGGAAGGCUGCUGUUUUAAGGUGACGUCAUGCUUUCUGCAACCCCCCUGUAUAGCAACGUUCAUAGUUGGAUGAGCAAUGAGAGGGUCCGCAUGUGUGGCAUUAAUGAAGACAGGAAAAUCCCAGUUAAUGAUGGAGACGCUUCAAAAAACAGGCUGGAAUUAAGAGAGGAAAAUCACCUGAACCAUAGCGUGGUGGAUGCAACAGGCGUGCAUCGCAUUGACAGUCUUGCUGCUCUGAGCAUGGACCGGACUGGACUUAUGCGGGAAGGACUCAGAGUCCCUGGUAGUAUUGUCUUUCCCAGCUUAUGUGGACUUGGCUCAGACAAGCCUCGAGAUGCUGCAAGUGCAAUUGCUGGCCUUGGAUUUGCUCCUGAAAGAAAUCCAGAGUUACAGUUCAAGACGAAUCCUACUGAAACAAUUGAAAAUGUGGCUGGAAAGCCCCCAAAUGGCUUCAGCGCUAUAUACAAAACACCACCUGGAAUACAAAAGAGUUCUGUUCCGCCUGCCGGGGAAACCUUGGGCUUGGACAGAACCUCUAGCGACAAACCAAGUCCUCUCAAUGUCAAUGGUGCUAGUUACCUAAGGUUACCCUGGGUAAGUCCUUACAUGGAGGGUGCUAUUUAUCCUUUUCUUGAAUCACCAAAUAAGUAUUCGCUGAACAUGUAUAAGACCUUGCUACCUCAGCAAUCCAGCUACAGCUUGCCGCAGCACCUGGCGUACUCCCCUGUCUGUACCAAUGGCGAGCGUUUUUUGUACCUGCCACCUUCUCAUUACGUCACUCCUCACAUUCCAUCUUCCUUGGCUUCACCUUUGAGGCUCUCCGCCGCAGCAGCAGCCCCCGUACUUCCUCCUUUGGGACACUGUCCAGAGAAAAGCUUGUCUUGGAAGAUGGGAGUCAGUCCUGGGAAUCCUGUGGACUCUCACGCCUACCCACAUAUCCAGAACAGCAAGCCGCCUCGGCUUCCAUCUGCCAAGCCGGCCGCUAGCAGCAUGCCCACAGAGCCUGCGGGUCUCCUGUCCCAUUCGCCACGACCCUCGCCGAGAGUUCAUUUGCAGCCGCAGCCUGGAGAUGCUUACUCAGAGUUCCAUAAGCACCUCUCUAGGAUUUCGACGUCUCCUUCUUCAGUUGUGCUCCCAAAGCCAUACAUGAAUGUAAGCAGUGACUUUCCUCCCAGGGUCUCUACUGGGAAGGCCCCCAAAACACACGAGACGGCUGACAUUUCGCAGCAACCCACCGUGCAUGCAAGGAAAACCAGUCACGAUAGGAAGGAGAGCAGAUCCCCUCCAUUGUUAGAGAAACAACAAACUGUUACCAAAGAUGUUAUAGACAAACCACUGGAUUUGUCAUCUAAGGUUGUGGAUGCAGAGACAGCCAAACUGGAUCACAUUAAGAAAAUGACACCGACUGUGUUAGUUCAUAGCAGGGCUGGAAGCGGACUGGUUUUACCUGGAAGUGAUCUUCCCAAAGAAACCAUUUCUCCUGGAAACUGCUGUCCUGUCUAUAGACCUGAAAUAAUUAGCACCGCACCUUCCUCCUGGGUGGUUCCCGGCCCAGCUCCGAGUGAAGACAAUAGCAGUGCAAAAAACAUGCCAUUGAAAAACAAAGCAUUGGACUGGGGGACGCCACAACAGCGAAGCUCUUCGUGUCCCAGGAUGGGAGGGACAGAAGCAGUUGUCAGUAACGUUUCAGGGUCUGUAUCAACCGGGGGUCGGCCAGCAUCCGCUUCUCCGGCCCCGAAUGCCAAUGUGGAUUGCCCUAAAACGAGCAGCUCCGUCGAGACCACUGCUGCGUCUGUCAUCCAACAUGUUGGGCAGCCUCUAGCGACGCCAUCUUCCAAGCACAGUAGUAAGGCAGCUAAAUGCAACAAUCAAGAACCUGUCUUCAAAGCAAGCGAGAGCACACUCACACCAACACCAACGUCCAUCUUUUUUCCUCCUAACGAUGCAUUCCGGUCUCCACCGUUGCCCUACCAGAGGAGCUAUCUCCCAUAUCCUGUUCCUGAAGGCUUAGCUAUAGGCCCUUUGUCUCUGCACGGAAAAGCACCCGUAUAUCCUCACCCCAUUCUCUUACCAAACGGCAGCCUUUUCCCUGGUCAUCUGGCCCCCAAACCUACAAUCCCAUACAGCCUGCCGACGAGCAGAGGUGAGUUUGUGACCUAUCAGGAUACAUUAGGCAUAGGGAUGGUGCACCCAAUGCUGUUGCCACACACAACAGCUUUGGAGCUGAAAGAUGACAAAUCGGAAAGGAGAUCUCGAUCACAUGAAAGGCUCCGUUAUGAGGAUCCUAUUUUAAGAAGCAGAUUGCCGGAGGUGCUGGAAACCAGCACUAAGCUACAAUUUGAGGUACCAGCUACAGACAGAAAUGCAAAACCACAACAGAUUUCAGGUCAUAGUAAGAAUCCUGCCAAAAGUGACAAGCACACGUUUGCAGAGCUGAGAGAAGAGCAGGACGUGAAAGGUGAAACAAACAUGAUAAUAAAACCCAGUUUUCCCGCUGAAAGCGGCACUCAAGCAAGCGAGCCCAUAAAGCACAAGGUAGAGCAGGCCUUUCAGCCCAGAGAUUUUAUUGUGACCAGAGAAGAAUGUGGGAGAAAUAAUUUCCACGAAGUCUACAACUUUAAGCAAGCCCAGAGCUCACACACAGCAAUGUUCAACUUAAGAAAAGAGGACAUGUCAAUUAGCCAAAACAGAGAGAGAGUGCCGGUGCCCCCUUCCUCUGUCUUCUUGGAGCCUGUGCAUGGGACUGAUGGCCUGGCGAUGUCUUUUUGCAAAAUGCCCGAUGACAAUAAACCACUUUGCAUUGGAAAUGCACAGCCGAGCAUUGAAGUCAACCAGACGUAUGCCAAAGAGGGGACCGAGGGCACAGAAUCUAACGAUGGCAAACUUGUGAAGCCUAAGCCAUCCAAAGUGGCAAAGAGAAUUGCAAACUCUGCCGGUUACGUAGGUGACCGAUUCAAGUGCGUUACAACUGAACUGUAUGCAGAUUCUACCCAGCUGAGUCGAGAACAGCGGGCCCUGCAGAUGGAAGGAUUACAAGAGGACAGUAUUUUAUGUCUACCUGCUGCUUACUGUGAGCGGGCCAUGAUGCGCUUCUCAGAGUUGGAGAUGAAAGAGAGAGAAGGCCACGGAGCGACCAAAGACCCGGAGGUCUGCCGAUUCAGCCAAGCAGACUGGGAAAACUUCAAAGGAAACAAUGAAAAGAAACCCAAGUCUGUCACUUUGGAAGAUGCCAUGGCUGGGCAAAAUGACAAUGACAGAUGCGACUUCAGUAAUCCAGAGAGUGCCCAAGAGCACAGGCUUGAGGCUCAAGAGGACACAUUUUCUCCAGCAGACAUUUGUCCGGAGGGACUUGCUAUCCACGAAAAGGCAAGUGACCAGCUCACAGAAGAUGUCAGCCAAGCACCUUGCCCACAUCUGGACAGAAAACGAAAACAUUCUGGUGAGCAAAUGCAGAAUGAUGGAAGCGUGAAAGAAAACGCGAUAGAGGAGCUGGAAGACGAAUUUGCACCCAAAGCAAAAAACCAGAAGAUAUCCCAAGAUGACUGGCCUGAGAGGGAAAUGACAAACAAUUCCUCUAACCACUUAGAAGAGCCCAAUUGUAAUGAGGUGACCAACCUGAAGGUGUGCAUUGAAUUAACAGGGCUCCAUCCCAAAAAGCAGCGUCACCUGCAGCAUCUUAGGGAACUAUGGGAGCAGCAGGUGUCACCAGAGAGAUCCCCACCCGGCAAGUUGGGCCGGCAAAGCAGGAAAGAUUUAGCUGAGGCUGUUCAGCCCGAGGCCACUGCAAAGGUCAAAGACUGCACAGAAGAAAGGCACACCAAGAAAAGGUCAGAGGUCAAAAGCAAUAGAAGUUGGUCUGAAGAGUCCCUCAAAACCAGUGACAAUGAACAAGGUAUUCCGCUAUUCCCGGCAUCUCCGCAUAUGAAGAAUCUUUCAUCCCCCAAUACAAACAGCAAAAGGCAAAUUCAUCCAAGCUGUACUCCAGCUUCAAGGUUGGCUGCCAAACAGCAGAAAAUUAAAGAAAACUGGAAGACAGAUGUGCUGUGCACAAACGAAGAAGAGGAUUUCCAAACUGCAUCCCUGCUGCAGAAACACGGUGACUGCGAGAAACCACCAGGGAAGCGUCAGUGUAAAACAAAACAUUUGGCACUGCAGGAGAGGAGAAGGAGGUCAUCGCUGACGGGGGAUGACAUUACAGAUAUCGAGAGCGCAGAGGAGAAGCUGCAGACUGGAAGCACCCCUCAGGAGACUACGCCAAGCCGUCCCAUGCCGCCGGAAGCCCGAAGGCUUAUUGUCAAUAAGAAUGCUGGGGAAACUCUUCUGCAAAGGGCAGCUCGACUGGGAUACGAGGAAGUGGUUCUAUAUUGUUUGGAAAACAAAGUCUGUGAUGUAAAUCAUCGUGACAAUGCUGGUUAUUGUGCCCUGCAUGAGGCCUGUGCCAGAGGCUGGCUGAGCAUUGUGCGACAUCUCCUCGAAUAUGGAGCCGACGUUAACUGCAGCGCUCAGGAUGGAACUAGGCCUGUCCAUGAUGCCGUCGAAAAUGACCACUUGGAAAUUCUCCGAUUGUUACUUUCGUACGGUGCUGACCCAACACUGGCUACGUACUCAGGGAGAACGAUUGUGAAAAUGACUCACAGUGAACUUAUGGAAACAUUCCUUACAGAGUAUUUAACUGACCUGCAGGGUCGAGAUGUUGAUGACCUUAGCUUACACUGGGACUUUUAUGGCAGCUCUGUAUGCGAGCCAAAAGGCGAGUCUGGAUUUGACAUCCUAUCUAAUCCACCUGGUCCAAGUGAUGAUGAAGAUGGCUUUAGCGAUAUCUUUGAGUUUGAAUUCUCAGACGCGCCUCUCUUACCCUGUUUCAACAUCCAGGUGUCUCUCUCUCAGGGACCACGGAACUGGUUAUUACUCUCGGAUGUAGCAAAGAGGCUGAAAAUGUCACCCCGGAUAUUUCACUGCAACUUCCCAAGCGUGGAGGUUGUCAGGAUCACAGAAGCGGAAUUUUUCAAGCAGGUCUCCCUGAGCCAGCUAUUCUCUUGCGAAAAGGAUCUGGAAGCGUUCAACCCAGAUAGCAAGGAACUGUUGGACUUGGUAGAGUUCACAAGUGAGAUGCAGUCUUUGCUUGGAUCCUCGCUUGAGGUGCUACAUCCAGAUGAUGAAGAAGAAGAAGAAGAAGAAGUAGAAGCAGAAGCAGCAGAAGAAGAUAAUCAUUGGUGAAGCUCCAAGCCACUUAAUGUAUAGUUCCCUGUAAAGUUAUUUCUUUAUGUAUAUGUGUUUAUUGCAAUUGUUUCUGUAAAGAAAGGGCACUGUAAAAUAAGAUAUCUUUCCUAUAUAUACAUAUAUUAUAUAUAUAUAUAAAUAUAUUAAAAAUUCUAGUUGGGUGGAUUUUUGGAAGAUUUUUUUUAGACGCGUCACUCAGUUUUUACAAAUUGAUAUAUAAUAUUCCUUUAAAUGCACACAAAUUUUUGGUAUAAAUUUGUUUUUACUUGGAACCUUUUUUUAAAUAAAGAAAAUGGCUUUGCUUCAUUCAAAGCGCUGGUGACACAGAAGACACCUGUUAGAGGUGAUGUGAUUACAGUGACAUGGUUGGCUUGGCUUAGGAGACCAUUGGGUAAGGCACUUCAUCGUAUUUUUUUUCUUUUUUGUUUACAAAAUUGCCUGCUUUGGCCAGGCAAAUGCUAUUGAAUAUAAUUUGGUAGCCUGUAAUAUAAAUUAAAACCAUAUCCAUGUGCAUUGACUAAUUGUGUGAAUUUUUAUAUCUUAAUUUAAGAGAUGUGAAAUAUAGUUUCACACAGAAAAGUGGAUUGUUUAUAUGUCUGUAUAUAGAUAUAUAUAUAUGUUUAAACAUUUGAUGCUCUUUAUUUAAAAGAAGACUUUGAACUAUUUUUUCUGGACCUUGUAAAAUAUUGAAAACUAACCUAUGUUGAAGUUGUUUAAAACUGUACAGAAGCUAAAUCUUUUUUCCAAAUUGUGUGUUUAUGUUUGAGAUCUGUGUUUUAACUUUGUAAGUAAAUUCUGCCUUUGUAUUUAUAUUUUGCAAAAAAAAAUCUAAAGGCAAUAAAACUGUUGAGAAAACAA